CUCUCAAGGAUACCCCCCUUCUUGCUCGUGUAGCCCUGCCCUCUGGGCGCAUAUGAUAACACGAGGAAGAGCCAGUUCGUUUAGACGGUAGUUAUACAUGACAGUCUCCGGAUAUACAGUAUACACCUCACGUUUCAGCAUAAAAUUGCCUUACUUUAGGGGCUCUGAUGUUUAUAUUUAAUCUGUUAAUAAACAGCUCAUGUGUCAAGCAAGCACGGACAAACCAAACAUGAUAAGAAAACAGCUCAAGCAUCCUGUUGCUCCGCCUCCCACCAACUCCGUCAUCUCUGUCGUCCUGUACAGUAUAAUCUUCUCCCAUCCGAGGAAAACUGACAGUCAAGCUGUAGAGGAGUUGCUGUCGGUGAGCAGGUGAUUUACACUCAAAACAAGCAUGUCGGGUAGGAUGAAAGAAUUUAAGCUGAGUUUCAAAGUUGUGAAAAACAUGUGAAGAGCACGUUCACAUCCAUUGACAGCCGUUUGGUAGCAUAGCUAGCUAAUGUCGCGACCCCGUCCGAGUUAACUUCGCUAGACUACAAAUCGAGCAGUGUUGGACUUUGGGAGACUUAAAGCGGCCACAACAUCAAAUAAAUCUGAGUGGAUGUUUUUUAUAAGCAGCACAUGGCCUGCAUUCUUCUGACAAACAUGGAUCCGCCUUCUCCCUAUCCAACAACACUUAACAGUGACCUCCACUCAGAUCCCGACUCAGACUCCAAGCAGGAGAUGGAGGCCACUUGUUUAAGUAUCCACCUUUAUCACCUGGGAAAGGUUCAAGGUGGGACUAAAUGUUCGGAAGACAGGCUCACGUUUCCACCAGGAGAAUAUGUAGCGGAGGAACUGUGCAUCACAGCAGCGAAAGCCUGCGGUAUAAGUCCAGUGCACUGCAGCCUGUUCGGCUUAAUGAGGGAAAGCGACCGGACAUGGUUCUCUCCUAAUCACAUUUUUAAGCUGCACCACUCAGCCAACGAGAACCUGCACUUGAGAAUCAGGUACUACUUUCCAUGCUGGUAUAACAGCAGCAAUUCGUCCUGUGCUCAUCGCUAUGGCUUGUCUAAAGAGAUGGAAAGUCCAGUAAUGGAUGAUUGUGUCAUGUCAUAUCUAUUUUCUCAGUGGCGCAGUGACUUUCUGAAUGGCUGGGUUCAGAUUCCAGUAAGCCAUGAAGCUCAGGAGGAGUGUCUGGGUAUGGCUGUGUUGGACAUGAUGAGGCUGGCCAAAGAGAGUGAUCAGUCACCAGUGGAGAUUUACAAUGAUACCAGCUACAAGUCUUUCCUGCCACAAUGCAUGCGAAGCCGCAUCCAGGAAUAUAACCUGUUGACUCGGAAGAGAAUCCGUUAUCGCUUCAGAAAGUUCAUCCGACAGUUCAGUGACUGCAAGGCCACUGUUUGUAACCUCAAGCUCAAAUACUUGAUGAGUCUGGAGAUGUUGCUGCCCUCUCUCUACUGUGAGUGCUUCCAGGUCGUUGAUCUCUCCUCACAAGACGUUACCAUCGUUGUCAAGGGCAACAAGGGAAUCCAGUGGUCUAAAGGGAAAGCAGAGGAUGGGGCAGAGGAGGAGCUCCAGACGUACUGUGAUUUCCCAGAAGUGAUUGACAUCAGCAUCAAACAAGGCAAUAAGGAAGGCUCUGUAGAGAGUCGCAUAGUUUCCCUCACCAGACAGGACAACCAGAUCCUGGAGCUGGAGUUUCAUUCGCUUUCAGAGGCCCUCUCAUUUGUAUCGCUAGUCGAUGGAUAUUACAGACUAGUUGCCGAUGCCCAUCAUUACCUGUGUAAAGAGGUAGCCCCACCAAGACUUCUUGAGUGCAUUCAGAGCUACUGCCAUGGCCCUGUUUCGAUGGAGUUUACAAUCAGUAAACUGCGUCGCUCGGGUAACUACCAAGGCUUGUACAUCCUUCGCUGCAGCCCCAGGGACUAUGACAAAUACUUCAUGUCUUUUGUGGUGGGGUAUGAAGCUAUGGUGGACUAUAAGCACUGUCAGAUUGUGAAGACAGAAUCAGGAGAGUAUAUUCUGAGUGGUGCCAAGAGGAGCUUUGGUUCACUCAAGGAACUUAUGCAUUGCUACCAGAAGGAGGCACUCCGCACCGAUGGGUACACAUUUCAGCUGACCAGGUGUUGCCCACCCUGCCCGAAAGACAAAUCCAACCUGUUGGUGUGCAGAAAUAAUCAAGGAGCAGAGGUCCCUCUGUCUCCCUCGCUCCACAAACACAUUAGCCAGAUGGUUUUCCACAAGAUACGCAAGGAGGACCUGAUCUUCAAUGAAAGUCUGGGCCAAGGAACGUUUACCAAGAUCUUUUGUGGUGUGAGGAAGGAGCUGGGAGAUUAUGGAGCGAUGCAUCAGAUCAACGUUGUCAUCAAGAUUCUGGACAAGGCUCAUCGCAAUUACUCAGAGUCAUUCUUUGAGGCAGCCAGCAUGAUGAGCCAGCUCUCCCACAAGCACUUGCUCCUCAACUAUGGUGUGUGUGUUUGCGGCGAUGAGAACAUGAUGGUGCAGGAAUAUGGUAAAUUUGGGUCUCUGGACAUCUACCUGAAGAAGAAGAAAACUUGUAUUAACAUCACCUGGAAGCUAGAAGUGGCCAAGCAGCUAGCCUGGGCGAUGCAUUACCUGGAAGAUAAAAACCUGAUUCAUGGAAAUGUUUGUGCCAAGAACAUCCUCCUGAUCCGAGAGGAGGAUCGAAAGACAGGCAGUCUGCCUUUCAUCAAGCUCAGUGACCCUGGUAUCAGCAUCACUGUGCUGCCCAGAGAAGUUCUGGUGGAGCGGAUCCCGUGGGUGCCCCCCGAGUGCAUUGAAAACCCCAGAAAUCUGAGUUUAGCCACAGAUAAAUGGGGCUUUGGGACCACUCUUUGGGAGAUCUGCAGUGGGGGAGACAAACCACUCAGCACUUUGGACUGCUCAAAGAAGAACCUGUUUUAUGAGGACAGACACCAGCUGCCGGCUCCCAAGUGGACAGAGCUAGCCAAUCUUAUAAACAGCUGUAUGGAUUAUGAGCCUUCACACCGACCCUCCUUCAGAGCAAUCAUCAGAGAUCUCAACAGUCUUUUCACUCCAGACUAUGAGCUGCUGGUGGAGAGUGACAUGGUACCCAACAGGACGCGAGGCUUUGGCUUCCCUUGGGCUUCUGAGAACCAAGAGCCUGUUCAUUUUGAGGAGCGACACCUCAUCUUCCUGAAGCAGUUAGGAAAAGGGAACUUUGGCAGUGUGGAGAUGUGCAGGUACGACCCCCUGCAGGACAGCACAGGGGAGGUGGUGGCUGUGAAGAAACUGCAGCACAGUACAGCUGAGCAUCUCCGGGACUUUGAGCGGGAAAUUGAGAUCCUCAAAUCCCUUCAUCAUGAAAACAUUGUUAAAUACAAGGGAGUCUGCUACAGUGCAGGACGAAAGAACCUCAGACUGAUCAUGGAGUAUCUCCCCUUCGGCAGCUUGAGAGACUAUCUCAUCAAACAUAAGGAUCACUUUGACUCCAAGAAACUUUUGCACUAUGCAUCACAGAUUUGCAAGGGUAUGGACUACCUUGGUGCUAAGCGUUACAUUCACAGAGACCUGGCCACGAGGAACAUUCUGGUGGAGAGUGAGAUGAGGGUCAAGAUCGGUGAUUUUGGCCUGACCAAGAUGCUGCCGCAGGACAAAGAAUAUUACACUGUCCGUGAACCUGGAGAAAGUCCCAUCUUUUGGUAUGCACCGGAGUCUCUGGCAGAGAGUAAGUUCUCGGUGGCAUCAGAUGUUUGGAGUUUUGGCGUUGUCCUUUACGAACUCUACACAUACAGCGACAAGAACUGCAGCCCACCAGCGGUGUUCAUGGAGAAGAUGGGAAAUGAGAAGCAGGGCCAGAUGAUUGUCUAUCAUCUGAUUGACCUGCUGAAACAAGGCUAUAGGUUGCCUGCUCCUGACAGUUGUCCAAAGGAGAUUCAUAAGGUAAUGACAGAGUGCUGGGGCAGUGACCCAACACUGCGGCCGACAUUCAAGACCUUGAACCAGCGUGUGGAGACUGUUCGGGACAGCAAGGACGCAUGAGCGCCACCGAUUUCUGAACCUUUGACUUGUUGGUGUUGUGACUUGUGCGAGCCUGUCGUCAUAGACCAGCGAGUUACCUGGCUUUACUUCAGGAGUUUGGAGUUAAAGUGAUGAAGAUACUCACUCUAAGGGGUUUGCCCGCUUCUCUCUGUGGCCAUCAGAAGCAUACAAUAAUGUGUGUACACUACAGCCAACUCCAAAACCAAACAAAAGAAUGUCUAUAAUGACUUGUUUUUACAUGUUGUGCUUUUUGUUGUGUCAGCAGCUACUGUCUACUUGUAGUCCCGUUCUUGUUUGACUGAUAAAAUGUUAUGUGCUUCUGUUACAAGAAGACCCCUGAUGAAGGUCUCUUUUGGUGGUUUGAGUCAGAUUUCUGCUGUUAUAAAGGACUUAUGUUCACACUGAGGAUGAUUCUGUGAGCCGGUGAAGCAAUGAGUGGUUCUGAUUUUCUACUAGUCCUCUGAAUGUUUUCCUUCUUAAAUGUUUACAUCAUUUUAUCAGGACUUAAAUUAUUCCAGUGUCGGAUCACCAGCGUGCAAAAAAAAAAGGAAAAAAGAAAAGAGAGACUAUUUAAUCACUUGAUGUGUGUGCUAAUGUGCGCAAUCAUGAUGAGUUAAUCUACCAAUGGUGAGAGGAACAAGGCUUUGAUUUUAAUUAAACCAAUUAAUAACUAAUCAGAAGUUGAGUGGGGCUUAAAAAAAGUGUGGUCGAGUGAUCCAGCUGCAGUUUAGAGCUACGCUACACCACACACACGAUAGAACAGAGAUGGUGAAUGUAGGCUAUGGUACAUCAGUUUGUUGGUGGGAUGGAGCUGGUGAAACCUGCUUAUUAUCUGUUUUUUUCUGUUCUCCGACACACUCUCUGUCUGUCCGACAAUGAGUGUGUUCACCUGCCUGUGCGUGUGCACGUGUCUUUGCACAUCAGGGUGAAGAAGAAUUGUGAAUGUGCAACCGCAUAGAGUCAGAAAAGUCCUGCAGUCAUUUCAACAAGGUAAAUAGCAUCAGCUGUUUUUACACACUGUCGCUGGGUAUGGAAGGAAACUGUCCAGAAAGGUCAGCAUGACGUUGAUGAAGUUAGUGUCUGAUAUUUGAUAGACAAAAAGGGGGAUUCAACUUUUUUUUGUAGACCUUGACCUCAUUAGACCAGCUCCUCUUGACAAAAUAGUUGCAGAAUUUAGGAUGUUUUAAUCUGGAUUGAAUUAUUUUACAGAGCAUGAAGAUUUGUUAACACAGUUCAGUUUAUAACUUCUGAAAACCUUUUAUUCUAUUUGUAAAAUUAGACAUUAGACCAGGUCCUGCUGAAAAACUGCAACUGAAUUAUCCUACAGAGCUUGUAGAUUCAUUGAAACACACUUUCUAAUUAGUGAAAAGUUAAUUUUAAAUAUGAAAAUUUAUUUAAGAAAACGAAACGUAACUAAAGCCAUACCUGCUCAUUAGUCUUUGAGAGCUGAGUGUGGCCUGCAGAGGUGUUUUUAUUGAGUUACUGUCUCUGGAAAUUAUGUUUACGUAAUAGAAGGAUGUAUUUCAUUAUCAUGAUUUUGAAUGUUACAGAUGUUUAAAAAAAAAGUGAAAACAAAAAGGUGCCUUUAACUUGCUGCAAGCAAGAAUUUGAUUUAAAAGCUUACUUGAUAUACAUUGGUGUCAUAUAAAGAUGUUUUUAAAUAUGUAUAUAUAUUAUGUUAUUGACCACAAGCAUAUCUGUGCUCCCAUUACUUUAUUAGGUUUUGGGGGUAUUUAAUAUAUCAGAGAACCAGAUGGUAAUGACUGAAAGAGAGGCUUGUUACUGAUUAGUGAGACAAAACAUUGAUAAGAAAGGUAUUGAAUAUUCAGACAUGGCUUUUUAAUCGUCUCUACACAUGCACCCCUCUUACCGUGAGAGACAAAGGUUUAUCUAUAAACUCCCUCACCCUGACUUCAGUGUGAAUAUUGAUGCAUUAGAACGAGUUUUCAUUGUAUUUUGUUUGUUGGUGUUUGUCUUAAAGGAAAAUUAUACAAAUGCUACCGAGCCAAAAUGUGUAAGCUGUUGGAGAGGUGGAGCAUGGAAUCAUUCAUAUCUGAAUUAUUUGCUUAAAAAAUGUGAAAUAUAUAUAUUUUUCUUCUAUUGUGAUAAAUGUGCAUUUUUGUGUAGCUGUAUCUGUAACCUAUCAUUCCAUGUCCAAAGAGCAAUAUGCCUAUAAAUAGAUGUAAAUAUUAUUAGAUGAAUGUAAGAUAUAAAUUCAAUGCAUCUUUCCUUUACACAAUAAAAAAUAACUUGCUUUUGGCAUUUUACAGUUAAACAAUAA